AUGGCGACUAGAGACAUGAAGGAGGAGGAGGAGGAGGAGGGGGAGGCAAGCAUCUUCAGGAGGACCCAGCGUCCUUCCUCCAGGCUAUCCCAGUACGAGCACAUUGUGCGCUUGUCAACACCCAAAACCAGAAGCUGUAGGACCCAGGAAGCACGGCCUCCUCACACUCCUUGCUGUGAGAAUAACUGUCCUAUUUGGCACGUUGAGCCCAGAGAGAAAAAUGCUGCGAUCACACUGCGACUGCUGCAGCUCUCAAACCCCAAACUGAACCACCCACACUUCCAAGGCAACCGUGAGAGCGUUGAAUCCACAGUUUCAUUUGCUUCUAAAACAGCUGAAAUCUCUAAGAGACUCACUCAGCUUUCACUGCCCAGACUGAAGGAGAGCAAGAUCAGCAGCAAGCUCGGACGCCCUGAGGAAUCAAUCUGGAUGGUUUCUAAGGCAGCCAGGAAAGCCACAGUGAGCGCUCGUGUUGAGAUGCUGGCAACACCUAAACCGCUUUCUAAGGACUACAUCCCUCCCAGAGAACCAGAGUGGAGCCCAAAAACAUCCUGUCCACCUGAGUCUCAAACCCUUAACAUCAGAAACAAGACAGUGCUUGCCUAGACUGUAUACUUUUUGCAGCUAAGACUCUGAUAUUUUAUA